AUGGGGCUCAUCAAGGCUGUUGCAACCGCGGCGCUGCUGCUGGGCCAGGUCCAUUCGGUGCUCAGUCGAGCGCAAAAUCAGAGCAUAGUCCAAGUGACGAUCUCUGACCAUGUCCAGCAAGGUGGACUCGCUAAUAUCUACCUCAACUGGUUUGAAACUCCGCCGAGCGUUAUCGAGGCUGUCUAUUCUCGGUGUCUAGACUUGAAUACCUCCGUCCCUUAUCAGACUAUUGGCCGCUUCAGCGUUCGCGGACAGCCUCCACAGCGACUGGCCUGGGCCGUCCCAGAGAGCGCUCAGACAGAUAGCUGCGUCUAUGUCUAUGGGAUACAAUCAGGGGCGUCUCCUCUCGUCCUCGGCAAGAGUGAGCCGGUCCACUUUACAUACAAGCCAAAGAAGCGAUCAGUUGCCGACACAGCCAAUGCCCUCUUGAAGGACUUUGACGCGCUGGGAACAUGGUUUGAUGGAGUAGCCGCCAUCAAAAAGAAGACCGAGCUUCAUGGCGGCGUCACAUCCGGACCCUCGCCGAAAGACAGGAAAAUCGCCAUCGUGGGUGCCGGGAUUUCAGGUCUAGCAACAGCGGUGAUGCUCGACAGCGUCGGCGUCCACAACUGGGAGAUCAUUGAAGCAAGUGACCGGGUUGGUGGCAGGUUCCGGACACGAUAUGUUGGCGGCACAGACGAAUGGGCGGAGAUGGGACCCAUGAGGCUGCCCUAUUCUGUCACCUACAAGGACGAUAACGAGACGCUGAGAUAUACCGACCAUGAGUUGACCUUCCAAUUGGCCCGGAUCCUCAAUGACAUGAACAAGAACGAUCCGAAGUGGAAGAUCGACUUUAUACCCUGGAUUCAGCAUCACGCGAACGAAUUGAUUGCUCAAGGCACCCGCCGCCACCCUGACGGACGCAUUCCGACGCGUGGUGAGAUCGAGGCAGAUCCAAGCUUAAAGGAUGCACCUGAAAUGUUGAGUGCCGAGUACGCCAACACUCAAGAUCGCAUGGAUGCCAUCCUUAAGAACAAGGACACCCUCAAGUCCAUCCAGCGAAACGUCUGGCGCGCCCACAAGACAGCUAUGGACGAGGGUCUCGACGACUGGAGCGAGCAGGCCAUGAUGCGGCACGUCUUCAAAGCAAGCGAGAACGUCACAGACCAAAUCUGGACGGAUUCAGACUAUGACGUCUUCUGGGAUGAACUGCACCAUAACUCGAACCUUGGUCUUGACGGAAGUAGAGAGUCUUUGGGGGAAACUCACUGGCUCUGUAUCGAUGGAGGCUUCAACCGCCUCUCUGACGCCUUCCUCCCGCAUGUCCAGAGCAGACUCACUCUCAAUCGCCAGAUCAGAAAGCUAGAACCAAUCCCAGGUCCUCAUAAUACUACGAAGACCCGCCUCUCCUGGUACCCCAGCACGCAGAACCGUACCUACGAGUCCAGAGACUACGACUACACAAUCAUGGCUGUCCCCUUCACCAUGACACGCUUCAUGGACCUCCCAUCCUUCUCCUCUGUGCUCUCUCGCGCAAUCAGCGAGGCAGGCCUACGCUUCAAAUCUGCCUGCAAGGUCGCCCUUCUCUUCCGCGAACGCUUUUGGGAGAAAGGCCCACGUCCUAUUUUUGGUGGAUACUCAAAGCCUCCUAGCCUCCCUGUUGGAGCCCUCUAUUACCCUGUCUAUGGCCAUAAUGAGUCUCGGCCAGGACUGAUAAUGCACUACCGCGGCGGAGACUGGAGCGACCGGUUCGUUAGCUUUAGCGACGAAGAACACGUCCAAACAGUUCUUGACGCCAUCGUCUCGAUUCACGGCGAGCAGGCAAGAGAUCUCUAUACAGGGGACUACGAGCGUCUCUGCUGGCUACAGGAUGAACAUACGGCGACGGCGUGGUGUCGGCCGGAUGUGGAGCAGCAUCGGCUGUAUAUCCCUGCUUAUCAUCAGACGGAGCAUAAUACGAUCUUUGUGGGAGAACACACCGCGCCGACACAUGCUUGGGUUAGUUCGAGUCUGCAGAGUGCUGUGCGCGGAGUCGUGCAGCUGCUUCUGGAGCUAGGGCUCGUAGAUGAGGCGAAAGAGGUCAAUAAGAGGUGGAUGGGGAGAUGGAUCAAAUUGUAA